CUGCGGUGUGUACCUUUCCACAUUGGCUGGUAAAGAAUAGAAAUCUUUCUACCUUUUCUCUCGUUAACGCUAUGCACCGUCGUUUUUGUAAAGUAAACGAAGAUAAACCGAAUAAUAGUAUAUUUAGCUUCAUAAACUACCUUCAUUUGACAUAUAAACACAACAUUUCCCAUAAUUCCUCGCGGUAAGCCGGGUUCUUCGUUGGUGACGCGAAGAGAAUCUGUCUACAGAGCUCGAGAAUGAAAAUAUAACUCAGAUGUUCUACUAGCAUUUCAUCCAUGGAAGAACGCGCCGCCCAGCCUGCGCCUCCACCCAGCUCUCAGUCUGAAGGAAGCAGCCAGACCCAGCGCGUCCCCAAACACCGGGGUCCCGCCGCUAAAGACAACGCUCAAGAGGAGCGCAGACCCAAGGCCAGGCCGCGCUACUCGGACAAGGCGCGGAAAAACGCCAGAAACAGGAAGGACAAGGCUGCGGCGGCUGAGCCUGAGCAGCAAGCGGAGCCCGAAGCGGCUCCUGCUGAGGAGGAACACCACCAGGACGCCCAGCAUGCCGCGGUGGAAGAGGCAGAGCGGGUACCGGACCCGGAGGAGCAGCGGGCAGACGGCCAGGCCGAGGAAACCGAGAGCUGGGACACCCUGUUCAACGACGAGGGGGACUGCCUGGACCCCUACCUGAUGGAGGAGCUGGCGGUAAAGGAGGGGAGGAAGAAGAAGUCCAUCCAGGACCCCCAGUUUGACUAUUACCGCAUGGACAGAGAGUUUGAAGAGGAUGUGGACCUCAGAGAAGAUGAGCUCUCUCAUAUUGUGGAGAUCUACGACUUUCCUGCUGACUUCAAGACAGAAGAUCUCCUCAAGUUGUUCCAGUGUUCCCAGCGGGGGGGCUUUGACAUCAAGUGGGUUGAUGACACCCACGCUCUGGGCCUCUUCUCCAGCCCCGUAGCAGUUUGCUCCUCAGCUCGUGAAGCUCUGAGAUCCAAACAUCAGCUGAUGAAAGUCAGACCGCUCAACAAGUCCUCUCCUGCCACCAAAGCCAAAGCCCGGGAAUGCUCUGACUUCCUCCUCCCCCCCAAAGAGAGACCUCAGACGAGUGCCGCUCUGGCCCGGCAGCUGGUGAUUGGCGCUCUGGGCGUGAAAAGCAACGUGACAAAAGAGCAGCGCGAAGUGGAGAGGAGGAAGCUACAGGAGGCCAAAGAGCUGAAGCGUAUGGCUGCCAGGCAGAGGGAGGAUGCCUGGGAGGGAAAGUGAAGACCUCACUGCAGCAGCAGAGGACGUUUCCUUUUUUCUCACUUCUCUUCUCCACCAGCGUGAACAGAGGUCACCUUCCUUCCCCAUCCCUCUACGCAGAGGCUGAAUCUGAUGUGAAAGCUGCAACAUCACGUUUAACAUACACUUAGACGCAUCGUCAGUCAUAGACUCUGGCUUCAUUUGCUGUGUUUUAGCAUCCCAUCGCCUAGGCAACCCCACAAUGGUUGAUCAGCUCCAGCUUGAUGGGUUCAAAGGUCAGCAAAGCCAAGUCUCUGAGGGUUCUGAUGGUUUGGUUCCUUAUUGAGAGAUUGUCCCAAAAGUCCUCUUGUCCAAAUUCAAAGGUGUUGAGGUUCCUUCAUCGUCGUCUUCAACAUUCAGCAGCCAGCUCUUCAUGCAGCGUUCCUUGCAGAGGGUGCUUGUCCUCCCCCCUCGGGGUGUAUGAGCAAGUGCACACAGAAACGCUGAGGUUCCUUGGUGUGGCCCCUUCAUGGCCUGCAGAUGUUUGCCUUGAUCAGCACACUUCACAACAAACAGAAGGACUGAAAUCUACAUGAAAUGUUGAAACGAUGCCACAAAAACACCAUUUCUGCUCUAAAUUCAUCAUUUUUUAAUAGUUUAAAGAGGAUUUUAAUGACAAACAUGAAAAUGCACAAAUUGAGUGUUAAGAGGUUUCCAUGUAUUUUUUCUUGAUGCUUCAACAAACUUAAGGAAAAGGUGUAAAUGUGAUUGAUAAAAAAAACAAUUUGUGAACAGUCACUUUAGUACAAACUGUGUUUAUAUAAACGAUAAAUAUUUUUCAGAUGGAACAUUUUAUUUGUUCAUUUUAUCACUUGUUCUCGGGGUAAUUUUGUCUUGAAAGGCAGGAAGAUGAAAGCUUCACUUCUGAAUUCUUAAACGUUUUUUUGUUCUGGAUAAACUUGACCUAAUAAAACGAUUUUAACCUAUGAC